AUGUAUCUACCGCGCCAACUCAUCUCCCAGCUAUACCUCCAACUCCUCCGAUCUCACACCCCGCAAUCGCCGUCAGUCCUGAUUCUUGUGGCACUCGAACCCGAUGCCCUAUGUGCCUGUCGCAUUUUUUCUGCGCUAUUAAAACGCGACUUUAUUCCUCAUACAAUCCAACCCAUCGGCGGCUAUGGUGACCUUGCGCGCGCAGGGCAGGACCUCAUCCAGCCGAUGCAGACUACCAAUGGUGGCAGCGGAGGUGUGGUGGUGUGUCUAGGUGUGGGAGGGCUUGUCGAUCUGGCGGAAAUCCUAGCCUUGAACAACCCGGAGGAUGAGGCGGAUGAUAUGGGAGGCGUCGACAUCUGGGUCUUCGACGCGCGCCGACCAUGGAAUCUGGGCAAUGUAUUUGGCGGCCAGGCCGGAAUGAGCUCAAGUACAGCGGAUAUUGACCUAAUUGCACGAAGGCGCGGGCGCGGAGUCGAUAAAGGGUGUAUCACCCCUGCUUACGCGUCGAAAGAUGGUGGGAUUGUCGUGUUUGAUGAUGGCGAUAUUGAAGGAGAUCUCAGCAAUGAACGAGAGGCAUACUACGCACUCCUUGACAUGCCCGAAGUUGACGACGACGACGACGAAAGCGACGAUGGAUCAGCUGGUGAGGCCGAUGAUGACGAAACGCAACCUGGUUCCAAAAAGCGCAAGUCGUGGUCCGGCCGCGAGGAUGAGGAAGAAUCAGAUGAUGAGGAUGGCCCUCCUCGGCAACGGAAACGCAGCAAUUCGGGGUCUUCAUUCAUCACAUCACCUACUCGAGGAAGGAGGAAUGGGAUCAACUCAUCUAAUUCAUCACGAUCUGUCACCCCUACAAGUGACUCCCCAUCUCCAGAUGAGCAGAAGCAGCCAUCCGCACGAUCAUUAAAGCGACGCUUACUUCGGCUGAAGAAGAAGCACGAGGCAGUGCUGCAAAAUUAUUACGCGUCGGGUACUUCAUAUUCCGAGCCAAUCUCCUCGUUGCUAUACUCUCUAGCAUCGGAGCUUGGUCGUGAAGACAAUGAUCUUCUCUGGCUUGCGAUUAUCGGUGUCUCUAGCUUAGAGCUCAGUGGCCGAACCAUGACCGGCGUUGGAAUUUCAAAUACCUCAGACUCGGGAGGGUCUGCAGGCUGGGGCGGGCAACGUGGAGAACAUAUUCGUCAGAUCCUGCGAGACGAAGUCCACCGUCUCAAUCCCCCGGACCCCCUUGAGCGGGAUAUCAGGGGCGAAAUCAAUGGGGUCAUUCCCACGACGGCCAGGUCGCCGACUGAUACAUCAAUCCGUCUUUCCCCCGAGCCGCGUUUUCUGCUUGUUCGUCAUUGGUCACUCUAUGAGAGUAUGCUUCACAGUCCUUACUUGGCCCCAAGGCUUCAUGUCUGGACUGAGAAUGGUCGCAAGCGAUUGCAUAAGCUAUUUGCCAAGAUGGGCAUCAGUCUUACGCAGUGUCACCAAUACUACACCCACAUGGACAUGGAACUGAAGCGAGUGCUUCGGGGGCGAUUGCUCAAGUAUGCACCUAUGUAUGGUUUGGACGGCCUGGUUCCCUCAGACCCCGCUAGCAACUCUGGCUCCCGUGAAGGCUGGGGCUUUGUUCGAUGCUGGGGCUGGAAGGCCUGUCUUUCUGCCACAGAUGUCGGUGUUAUCCUAGGAGCUAUGCUCGAAGUAGGUCCACACGAGACUUCCCCCUCCUGGGAUGCACAGCGUCUUCCGCGAGCACAAGAGUUGACGGAUGGUGCCGAGAAUGCGGAUACUCUCGGAGAGUUGGAUUCAGCUAGCAUUCUACCUCGUUUUUGGAGUGCAUAUGAUGCAAUCUCAAUCACAUCCGAUUCCCCUACCCGUCUAAUGGAGGCACUGCCCUUGGCUCAGCAUCUUCACCGUGCGAUCCUUCGCACCGGCACUUCACUACUCUCCAAACACCAAAUUCGACAUCUUCGAGCAUUUCGUAUUGCGGUCGUCAAGGAUGGCCCCGAUGUACAGCUUUUUACCAAUCCGGGAGCUUUGACAAAAUUGGCCCUCUGGGUCGCGGAAGCCAUUCGGGUGCAAGAACGCGAAAAGGGUGACUCUGUGAAAAUCGGACGUAAGCGAGCUGCGGGUACUCCUCUGGUGCUUGCUGGUCUUGAUGAAGCCCGCGAUCUCUAUGUCGUGGUAGGCACCGGUGGUGGUGGUGGCGUGAUCGACUUUGCUGCUAUUUCAAAACGUCAAGAAGAGCGACGCAAAAAGAAGGAGGCCAAAGACAAGAAAGACAAGGAACGAGCUGAAAAUCGAGCCAGGCGCGCGGCAGAGCGUGCACAGCGAGAAGACGAGGACGCUGAAGAAUCAGAAGAGGAAUCGUCCUCUGAAUCCGAAUCCGAAUCUGAAGAUGAGGAAGACCCACGUGGCAAAAAACACUUUCUUCGCAAUCGAUUCGGUAUCGCAUUCCAGGAAGUGGUCCAGGAGACCAGUGCGCGUGUCCGCAUUGACAGCUUCGAGCACUGUGUGGUUGAGGUAGCCAAGGACGACCUGAGCGGUUUCUUGGAGGCUUUGAGCUUCCGAAGUGUGGUGGGCUAA